UCUUCUCAUAUAUUCUACGCGUUAUUAAGAUGUCGUAAAAAUUGAAAUAUACGUAUACACAUGUAGCUGAUAAUAAAAUGUGUUAGUGAGAAGAAGAUGAAGGCAUUCAGAACAAAGAACUUAGUUAUGGUAUAUUUUACACACCAACGGAGCACCGUAAUGUUCAGUUCAUUCCGGAUGUAAACAAAUGCAUCAUUUACUAAAUGUACUUUGUCAUGACAUGACACUAUUUCACAUGAAUGCCUUUCAUAACCGGGCUAAAUUAUCAUCAUUUCACUGUUGAUCAUCAUGGGAGGGUCACCGUCACUACCCGAGGUGUCACUAACCACGGACCGCGUGGUUCUCAUCACAGGCGGAAAUACGGGUAUUGGAUAUGAGACCGCUAAAUGGAUAGCUAUGAGGGGAGCAAGAGUAAUCAUUGCCUGCAGAUCAGAGGAACGAGCAACAGCCGCCAUCGAACAGAUGCAGGCAGAGUUUAAAGAAGAAAGGUCCAAAGGUACGCCCGGACUUUGUUCUUAUGAAACUCUCGCCUUGGAGUUCAUGGCUUUAGAUCUAGCAUCCCUCAAAUCUGUGGAAAGCUUUGUAGAUGAUUUUAAAGCAAAGGAAAUUAAACUCCACAUCUUGCUUUGCAACGCAGGGAUAGCUCUACACGCACAAGAGUACACGGAGGACGGAUUUGAGAUUAUGUUUCAGGUGAAUUAUCUUGGUCAUUUCCUCUUGGUUGCCAAGCUGUUACCUCUAAUGCUGAACUCGGGUGAGGAUUGUCGGCUUAUCUUUGUUUCCAGUGAAGCACAUCGCACUACCAGCUUUGAUUUAGAUAAAGCACAAGGAAAGCAUCAUACGAAAGAAAACUUCAAGAGACUCAUGUAUUAUGGAAACUCUAAACUUUAUCAGAUCAUGCAGAUGUACACCCUAAAUAGGCGAUUACAGACGACAAACGUAACUGUUAACAGUUUACAUCCUGGAAUUGUUAAAACAGAACUUACAAGAAGUUUUGCGGAUUUGCAGGCAUGGAAGCUCUUCUUUCAGCUAGCUAGAGUUGUGCAAAUGACCAAAACUCCAUUCGAAGGCGCUAAGACAUCAAUUACAGCAGCUGUAAAUCCACAAUUCAAAGAUACAAGAGAUGCAUACUUUGCUGACAUGAAAAUCGGUCAGGCAAACAAUCUGGCAAGAGAUCAGGAGAAACAAGAGGCUCUCUGGAGAUACUCUGUAGAUUGCCUGAAGGAUUUUAUAAAGACGGAGGACAUGAAGUACUUAGAGGAACUUUAAGUUUGUCAAGCAGUUUGUAUUCUGUACUGAAUUAUCUGACCAUAUGUGACAUGCAUUAUAAUAAAUGUAUUUUUACCAGUUAAA